AUGAAUCCAGAGAAUCAGCAAUGGAGAUGCAGCGGGCAGGAGUCUACCUGCCAGAAUUCCGCUGGAACAACCAGGGCUUCUGGACUCUGCCAACUCAUGAGAGGCUCACUCCGUGGCCCAGGCGAGUGGUGUUUCCCAGGUACCUCAAGCACCCCCGCCAUGAACACGAUCUUCAACAACGAGAAGUGUGUGCAGCAGUGGGGUUCCGAGUGGAGCAAGGGUGUUUGCAGGCCCGUCUCGCUCUGCCAGGGGGCGGGCGGUCCUGACUACUACAAGAUCUGCUAA